AUGGCUUUGGCGUUUCUCAGCAUUCCAAGGCAUGAACUUGGCCCGCCGACGCCAUCAUCCAGCAGUGGGAAUCGAAGAGGCACUUUCAGAGAGGCAAGGGCCUGGCCACAUGAAGCCGCCUGGGCUGCAGCUGCAGCUCAAAUUUGGGCCUGCCGUGGGUUGCGUGACAAAGGCAGAGCACGAAGAAGGACUUUACAAUGGGCAGGCACUGCUUUAUCACUGGAACGUGGCAUCGCUGGAAAGCUCAAGCGAGAGAGACUCAAGGUCGACGAGGACUUGUUUGAUCAGCUGAACGAGCUGGCCGCCAAGGGUCACGUGAGCAGUGCUCGAGAAAUUUUUGAGCAGCUUAUGGCUUACGCUGAGCAAGACGAAGAAGGCCGCAAGCGCCGCGGGCCCACAAAGGAGGUGCCCACGACCAUGGUGUACAACACGAUGCUCAAAGCUUCAGCGAAUGCAGGGGACGUGGAGGGUGCCAAUGAGAUGGCAGCUCUCAUGCGUGCGGAGGGCUUGUUCAUGAAUGAAAAGUUCUAUGGCAAAAUGAUGGAGGCUGCGGCCAAAGCAGGUGAUAUUGCCAUGGCCACCAAAUGGUUUGAGGAGAGCCAGGCGGCUAAAAUGCCACCCAACUAUGUACACUUCUUUUGCGUGGUCGACGCACACGUCAAGGCAGGUGAGCUGGAACAGGCCAGACAAUGGCUAGCGAGGACGCGAGCGGCAGGCAUACCUUUGCAGACCAACAUGUUCAAUCUGUUGAUCUUGGCAUUUGCUUCCAGGGGCCAAACCCAGGAAGCUACUGGUUUGCUGCGGGAGAUGCUGCAAGAAGGGCUGGAUCCCGACGUUUCGUCCUUUGCUGCCUUGGCAGUGGCUGCUGCACAGGACGGAGAUGAUGCAGGGGCAGAACGAAUGAUGAUGAAAGCCAAAGAGCAGAAGCUGGAAUGGAAUGCCCAGGCGACGCAAGUGGCCUUUGCACGACUGGCAGCAGUGAGCGACUCCGCAGAACGUGCAGAGGGUUGGUUGCGGAAGAUGCAGGACAGCGGAUUGACGCCGGGUUUGGAGAACUUCACCGUGAUCGUGGAUGCCUACGCAAAGGAGGGCCAAGUGGACAAGGUCGUUGCCCUCAUGGAGGAAAUGGUGGCUGCCGAUGUACAGCCAUCGGUGGUGACCUACAGCAGUGCCAUGUAUGCAUGCAUAAAGGCAGGACGAUUGGAUCAAGCUGAGGUCAUGCUAUCGCAGAUGAUGGACCUGGGUUUGAACCCUGAUGGCGUUGCUUAUGGCACCAUCAUGACAGCCUAUGCCAAGGCCGGGGAACCUCAGGGCGCCAUAAACAUCGCAGAGCAGAUGAAGGCCAGCGGUAUCCCAGUGACUGUGCGCGAGCACAACAGCAUCUUGGAGGCCUUGGUGAAAGCUGGGAAGCCCAAUGACGCUGCGCGCUAUCUCAUGCAGAUGCCGAAAAUGGUCGACCACGCCUCGCGGUACAAGUGGAAGAGGGGCAGCAGUGACCCUGAUGUGUACUCCUACGCCAUUGUUAUGGGAGCGCUUGCAUCAGCCGGGCGAACCAGUUCAGUAGACUCCUUGCACCAGGCUAUGCAAAUCGCUGGUGUUGAAGCCACACCAGUGCUGCAUGACGCCAUCAUGAGAGGCUACCUUUCAGCGAAGAGGCCAAGAGAAGCCUCCAGGUGGCUACAAGAGGCUGAUCAGUCAGGCCUGGUCUUGAACGCAAAGAUCAUUUGCUGCGCCAUGGAGGUUUGCCUACACAAUCGGCAAGCUGACGAGGCCCUCCGGUGGCUUCAGCGUGGAGAGGAGGCUGGCGUCGAAGUACCCACAGCAGGUGUGGGAGGAGUGCUCUUCCAUGUCACUGCCGUUGAGGCUUGCGCCAAGGCGGGCGAUGUGGAUCGUGGCCUGGAUUGGCUUCAGAGAGCCGAGACCGCGGGGCUGAACUCCGAGCAGAAGCUUCUGAAGGAGGAGACCCGCAGUGUACCUUUGCGCCCAGCCUACCUUAACCUGAUGAAGGCCUUCCUUGGGCGGCAGAUGGAUGUUGUCUUCGGCGUGCUCAAAUCCUUGGAGGAUGUCGAAGGGCAAAUGGACUUGAUGGCUCGGGUUGAGCUGCUUCAGCUGUUAGCAAGUAGAGGAAGACGAGAGGACGCCUUGAAGAUGUUGGAGAGAGUGAAGAAGGAAAGGGCUGAGAAGGAAUUGCUCCUGGUCUACAGCCGCGCCAUAUCUGCUUGCACCAAGGCUGCGAAUGUGGAUGAAGCCAUUUUCUGGUUCGAUGAAAUGCGCAGGUCGGGUGUGCAGCCCGACAAAGUGGCAUGGAACAGCAUCAUCAAUGCCUGUGCCAGGAAUGGCCGCCCAGCAGAAGCUGAGAUGUGGCUGGGUGAGAUGGAGGCAUCCGAAAUGCAGCCAGAUGUGGUCUCCUACAAUACUGUGAUCAAUGUUUGCGCUCACAAUGAUCGGCCUGAAGAGGUGUCUCGGCAGUUGCCUUGCACGCUCGUGUCUUAUAAUAGUGCGAUCACGGCAUGUGCUCGAGCAUCUCAGUGGCAUCGUGCCAUUCUUCUCCUCCAAUCCUUUCAAUCAGAGACUUCCGCAGAUAUCAUCUCAUACAACGCGGCCAUCCAUUCCUGCGAAGAGCCUGGGAUGUGGGAAGUUGCUUUGGACUUGUGGGAACAGCUUGGAGACAUGUCUCUCCAAAAGAACGCAGUUACAUUUGGAUCCAUGAUCAGCACCUGUGCAAAGGCCUCCCAAUGGGAGCUUGCCCUAGAUGUUUUAGAGCGUCAAUCAUCUAGAGGAGCUUCUAGCUUGAUCAGUUGCAAUGCUGCCCUCACAGCGCUUGAGAGGAGUCAGCAAUGGUCGUUGGCACUGCAGCUUCUUGUGGAUUUCCCGUUGACACCUGACAUCAUUUCGUUUAACUCAGCCAUUAGUGCCUGCGGAAAAGCCGGCCAGACCAUGUUUUUCAGACGCUUGCUCUUCAGGCUGCGGCGGCUCUCUUUGCAAGAGAACCUGGUGACCUACAACGCCAUCAUCAAUGGAUUUGCAGUUUCUUCCCGCUGGCAAGAAGCCCUUGAUGCUUUGCAGACCACAAGUAGAGCGCUUGAGACUGACCUUGUAAGCUUUCAUUCCGCCAGCGCUGCUUGUGUGGCUUCUUCAGCAUGGCAACGAGCACUGCGACUAAUGGAGAUGGCUAAAGAUGUCCGGCUACGCUUGGACCGUGUCUCUUACACACUGGCGAUCAACGCCUACGAAAAGGCAAAUCAAUGGCAGGAAGCUGUGCAUUUGCUCCGGAGCUUUCAGAAAGCAGCAGACAUCAUGUUCUACAAUGCUGCGAUAAAUGCAUGUGCAGACCAGUGGCAGCAGGGUGUUCUUGUUUUGAGCCAAUUGAAUGAAGACCAGAUCCGGGCAAACGCAGUCACGUACGGUGCUCUUCUCAGUGCAUGCAGGAAUGGAAGGGCAUGGAUACCCGCCUUGCGCCUUUUGUCCGAACUAUUCCAGUUGAAGCUGGAAACAAACUCAGUUGUUUUCAAUGCGACAAUCAAUGCCUGUGGGAGGGCAGAGCAGUGGACGCAUGCCCUGGAAGUCAUGAGCAUCAUGGAGCAGGAGCAGAUCCAACCAGAUUUGAUCACCUAUGACACAAUCAUUGCAGCUACUGCCAGCUGUGCUUGUAGAGAAGAGGCCCUGUUGCUUUUGAGUCAAUCUCAGUCACUGCGAACGCCUCUGGAAGCGCUCUGGGUCUUGGCGACGGUGGGUUCCAAUGAUGUGGAGGUGAUUUGUGCAUCCUUCAGAGAGACCUUGACUUUGGACCUCGAAGUAGCCAACGUGGUGCAGCUCCUUUGGUGUAUGGCACGCCUGGGCAUCAACCAGCAGAGACUCGAAAGGUCCCUGUGCCAACGAUUUCUGGAAAACCUGCAAAGUUGUUCCUUGGAGCAGCUGCUCCUGGUCGCCGUCGCGGUGGAGCGGAGGCCUGACAUCACCACCUUCGAUCGAUUACAGCAAGCAGCGGAAGAAAGGUCCGAGGCUCUACAGCCAAAGGACAUGGCCUUUCAGCUCAAGGGCAUUUCCCUACUGGGGUUUGUGUCCUCCUGCCAGCGUGCUGGCCUCUUGCGUCAGCACUUGAAAGUAUCGAUCCACCGGAGUCUCCUUGACUUCGGACGCACCAUGGAUUCCAUCGACGCGGAAGGACCCUCUCUUCCAGUGCAAGAUGUGGAGGUUUUGGAGAAAACCAAGAACUUGCCUUGUUUCGCCGGUGACUAUGGAGAUCGCGUGGUCUUGUUCAAGCCAGGGGGCUGGGAGGUCUACGGUGCUCACCACCCACGCCAGCUGUCAGAGUUUCUGCGGUCGUAUGGCGAUCGGCCAAUCCUCGCAGAUGAGAAUCACAACUUGGGUUUUUUGCAUCGUUUGGAUGUUCCCAGUUCAGGACUAAUAAUGUUUGCGAAGACCUAUGAAGCUUUCUAUGAUCUUCAAGUGCAAUUGCAUGUGGGAGAGUUUCUUCGUGACUACAUGGUUUUGGCUCAUGGCUUGCUACCAAUAUCCUCAAGGCAGAUCCAAGCACACUUGCUCAGCAGCAAAGGUCCCAGUAUUCCCGGCGGUCGUGGGAAAUGGAGCUGUACGAAUCUGGAGUGCUUGGGCCAUGCUCAACAGAAAGCGCGGACGUUCUCAGAGCUGCUGUUGCGCAUAGUUACUGGGAGGAAGCAUCAAAUCCGAAGCGUUUUGUCCUAUGUUGGUCAUCCAAGCGUGCGGGAUGGGUUGUACACGAACGAGGAGACCUUCCUGGAAGAUGGGCAAGAGCUUGGUUGCUCUCAGAAUUGGUUGCACAGACACCGACUUAUUUUCCUUGAUCGAGUAGGAGGUAGGCAUGACUUGCAGUCUCCUUUACCUUGGGAACUUCAACAGAGCCUGCAGCGUUUGCAGUUCCUUUGGAGAAAAGCAGGAUGCGGCGGAGGCAUUACUGUAGAGUUUAUUUGA